AUGCAGUUGGAGAGAAGGCUCAAUCGUGAUGCACCACUGAAGAAAGAAUAUACCAAAUUCAUACACGAGUACGAGUCGCUGGGGCAUAUGAGAGAGCUUCAAGAUGUUGAUUUAACCCAGAUGCCUCAUUAUCUGCCCCAUCACUGCGUGAUCAAGGAGGAAAAUUCUACAACCAAGAUUAGGGUGGUAUUCGACGCGUCUUGCAAAACCACAUCAGGCAUAUCCCUCAACGACGCCCUCAUGGUAGGUCCAGUACUUCAACAGGAAUUAUUUUCCAUAAUGGUGAGAUUUCGGACGUUCAAAUAUGCUCUAAUUGCCGACAUUACCAAGAUGUAUAGGCAAAUACUUGUCGACGAAGCGCAGACCCCAUUGCAAAGGAAUGUCUGGCGUGACGGACUACACGGGAAGAUGAUGGAAUUCGAAUUGAUAACGCUCACUUACGGCACGGCGUCCGCCUCAUUUCUCGCAAUCAAGGCUGUUCGAACGCUCGCUGAAACGGAGGCAAGGCAUUUUCCCAUCGGAUCACAAACCGUUAUGCGGGAUUUUUACGUGGACGACCUUAUCACGGGAGCCAACUCCAUCGAAAAGGCCUUGCAAAUCAGGGACGAAACCACGAAAUUGCUCAAGAAGGAUGGAUUUGUGCUUCACAAGUGGGCCUCGAACGAAGCGGAGCUACUAAAAGGCAUUCCUGAAAUCAUCAGCUGA